CGCGCCGGGCGGGCUCCACCCGAGCCUUCGGGACCCACGGGCAAGCAGCGUGCUGCCGAGCCCCUGACGUUCCACGUGCCCUGGAAGCGGCUCCUGCUCCGCGACUUUCCUGAGGAGCCGGCGCGGCCACGGCUUUGGAUCCCGCCGCCAGGGGUCUCGCAUUCCGGGCAGCCCCUCAGCAUCCCGGAGCUGCCCCGACAGUGUAAAAUCGACGCGGGGGGGAUGACUGAGGCUUCGGUUUCGCCCAGCAAGAGCUGCGACAGCGGGGACACUGUCGCCCCGGACGGCGCGGAGCUUGAGGGUCGCGGCCUGGAGAGUGGCGAUCCGCCGCUGCCGCAGCCGCCCGUGCGGCCCCGCGGACCAGGGGAGGGCGGUGGCGACGACGGGUCGGGUCGCGCAGAGUCCCUGCGGGGAGACUGGGGGGCCGCGCUGCGCCAGCUCAAUGAAGAAUUUUGGCAGUAAAACAGCUUCCAGUGCUGGAGGAAUCCUUUACCACCUAUUGAUCUGGCAGACAUUGAAGAUGUAAGUGAAGACAACCCGACAAAAACAACACUUCCGGGCAAGAAUGCAGUGGUUGAGAUUAAUAUGGAGUCCUGA